CGGUGGCCGGCGGGUGGUGCGGGCGGGGCAACGUCAUGGAGGAGGCAGGGACAGGGACCCGGACGGCGGCGCGGCGGCAGGGGCGGCGGAUGCGGGCCCCGGCGACCCUGGAGAAGCAGCGGGAUCGGCGGCCGGCAGGGCGGCUGACCCGGAGGAGAAUUGAAGAGGAUCAAGAAGAAGCAGUUUUUCGAGAAGUGGUCAGUUUUACCCCAGACCCUUUGCCAGUUAGAUAUUAUGACAAGGACACCACCAGACCCAUCAGCUUUUACUUGUCUUCCCUGGAGGAACUCUUGGCGUGGAGACCCGAUGCGGAGGAUGGCUUUAAUGUGGCCUUGGGGCCCCCUGAGUGUCGGAACCCCCCUCUGAGCAGCCGGAGGCCCCGAACUUUGAUGUGUCAUGACAUGAUGGGCGGGUACCUGGAUGACAAGUUUAUUCAAGGCUCAGCCACACAGACUCCCUAUUCCUUUUACCAUUGGCAGUACAUCGACAUCUUUGUGUACUUCAGCCAUCACACGGUCACCAUCCCCCCAGUAGGCUGGACCAACGCCGCCCACAGGCAUGGGGUCUGUGUGCUGGGGACUUUCAUCACUGAAUGGAAAGAUGGGGAGCGGCUCUGCGAGGCCUUCCUGGCUGGGGAUGAGCACUCGUACCGGGCGGUGGCCGAUCAGCUGGUCCUGAUUGCCCAGUUUUUCCGAUUUGACGGCUGGCUGAUCAACAUUGAGAACUCUCUGAGUCUGGCCGCUGUGGGGAAUGUGCCCCACUUCCUCCAGUACCUGACCUCUCAGCUGCAUCAGCAGAUCCCCGGGGGCCUGGUGCUCUGGUACGACAGCGUGGUGAGCAGCGGGCAGCUCAAAUGGCAGAACGAGCUCAACGAGCAGAACAGAGUCUUCUUCGAUUCCUGCGAUGGCUUCUUCACCAACUAUAACUGGCGGGAGGAGCAUCUGGAGCGGAUGCUGGGUCAGGCCGGGGAGCGCCUGGCGGAUGUGUACGUGGGUGUGGACGUGUUCGCCCGCGGGAAUGUCGUCGGGGGCCGGUUCGACACGAACAAGUCGCUGGAGCUGAUUCGGAAGCACGGGUUCUCGGCGGCCCUGUUUGCGCCUGGCUGGGUGUACGAGUGUUUGGAGAAGGGGAAUUUCUUCCAGAACCAGGACAAGUUCUGGAGUUUGCUGGAACGCUACUUGCCCACACACAGCAUCUGCUCCUUGCCCUUUGUCACUUCCUUCUGCCUGGGCUUGGGGACUCGAAGAGUCUACUAUGGCCAGGAGGAGGCCGCGGGGCCCUGGUACCACCCGAGCGCCCAGGAGAUCCAGCCCCUGUUUGGAGAGCACAGGCUGGAAGGGGACGGGCAGGGCUGGGUGAAGACGCACUGCUGUCUGGAGGACGCCUGGAACGGGGGCAGCUCUCUGCUCAUCCGGGGGCUGAUUCCACCCGAGGUUGGAAACGUGGCUGUGAGGUUAUUCUCCCUGCAGGUCCCAGUGCCACCCAAGAUCUUCGUGUCCCUGGUGUACAAGCUGGAAGGGACUUCGGCGGUGGGGGUGGCUUUGGAGCUCACCACAGGGGACGCGGGCAGCUGUCACGUGGGAGGCAUCUCGGUGCUGAGUGCAGAAACGAGCUCAAGGCGCAGUCCCCGACCCCUCCGGGUGCCCCCAACCAAGCUGGCCAAAUGGGUGGGCCGCUGCGGCCAGCAGCUCCGUGGGGGCUGGGUCCAGCGCUGCUACGAAGUGACUCUGCGGGGCUGCCUCCUGCAGGACCUCUUUGUUAAUUUCUCCCGGCCUCCGGGCAGCCAGAAGGAGGAGAACUUCAUCUGUCGCCUUGGAGAGCUCCAGGUGGUGGAUGCCAACAGCCUGCUGACCCCGCUCCCCCAGGUGCAGGCUGUGACGGUCUCGCAUGUGCGCUGGCAGCCGGCCGCCUCCGAGCAUGAGGGCGGCCCCGCCGGGCUGCGGCUCAGCUGUACUCUCCACUGGGCCUACCUCCUUCCCCGCGUCCGGUGCUUCCGGAUCCACUGCUGCCGAGGAUCGGAAGGUGGCUCUCCCGGCAGCGGGCCUUCGGAGCCAGGGAGGCCCAGGCUGCUGGGCCUGGCUUUCGUCAACCGGUAUCGGAUAGUGGGCCUGGCAGUGGCAGCCGCGGAGCCUGGCCAGGAUGGCCGCGUGGAGUUCCUGGUGGAGCCUGUCCCCAAAGAGGGGUUCCUGGUGCCUCAGGCCGAGUGGGGCAGGGCGGCCAUGCUCUACUCCAUGCCCCGCACGUGAGCAGACAUUAAAGCAGAGUCUCCUA